UUUUCUUACGCUGAAUUUUCCCUCUCUUUGUGCUUGUUUGGGUGUGAAAUUGUCGCAUGAUGUCGAAGUUUUCCUGGCGAAAUCAAGGCUUGACGAAUGCGAUUGUUGUGAGGGGGGGGGGGGGGGGGGGGGAGUUGUGAGGUAUCAAUGUAAAUAUAGAGAGACCAGCAAGUUUGUGUUGAAUUUGGAGACAUUGUGGCAUCGUUUGUGGAGGUUGUGGACGUGGAUAUGUGGGCUGGUGGACGAAUUUGGUCGGGAUACAGUGGUUUUCUGGUGUGUAGUAAGCAGUGUACAGUAGCAUCUGCGGUAAAUUUAGUUGGACAUUGGGGAUAUUAUCCACUUAGAUGUCUUCGAAGUGAAUGUAUGUUGAUCUUGGUCGGUUGUUAGAUGUGAUAUACAUGUUCCAAAGCAUGUUACAUUUGUUUCUUUGCACCGAUUUCACGUUAUUUUGGGACUGACCUGAAAUUAAGUUGUAUCCUCUACUCAGUACAUGAUCUAGCUGAGCUAUUCCUCUAGUUUCUGAGCACGGUGUACGGGACCGAGCUGAGGGAUUAUCGAGCAGUUUACGUUCUUAACGAGUGGAUGGCUGUCAUUUACACUUUUCCACAGAUUAUAAUGUCCUUUUCGAUGAAAUCAUGUUUCAUGUUGUAGGUGCACUGUUCCGCCCCUACGGAGUUACUUCUGCACUUUUUAUGUAAUCUGAUGCCUUCGUUGUAUUAAACGAAGUGCACGAUUAAUGAGGUGCUUUGAAUUGUGGAGGACAUUUCACAUGCUGUGACAAUAUUGAAAGCCAUAGGGUUAAUCACAGUUCGACACAGAGCCAGGGUUGUCAAACUUGGUCAAUCGCGUCGACCGCUUUAAUUGUGUAGUAUUCAUCAAUUGGGGAAAUAUUUGUUUGCUGAAGGAUGGUAGCACUUAGAUGGGAGUUUAUGUAGUUGUGCGUCAUGUUCUGCAGAAAGGCCCUGAUUGUCAUGUAUGCAUUUGAAUUGGCUUCAUGACAUUCUUCGUUGUAGAAGCUCUUUUCCUUCUCUAAACAGUAUCAACCUUAGGAAUAAACAGCAGUGGGCAGAGUAAUGGAUCGAGGAAACCCAGAUCCGGUUAUUGGCGAGCGGUACACAGGUUGGAUCAAGUGUUAGAGCGGCAGCCUUUGACGAAAAUUAAAGUGCUGUGACCAGUCAGAUUCUUGAGUCGUAUUCCAAUAUCAGAAUCGGUCAUCCAGCUCCUAAUGGAGAGUCAAUGUGCCGCUACUUCUUUUUAUAGAUUGAAUUAUACUUGUUUUCAGAUGCCAGUUGAAGACUUUGUUCAUUGAAGGAAGAUUCGAAAUUUAAGGGCUGCCGAGGGUUUAGUGUGAAGAAACUGCGAUCUUACGAUCGUCAACGAGACGAAUAGAUUUCAUUUUCAAGAUAGUUUGAUAUCUUUGAGCUCUUAAUGGCAAAUCGGAGUUAUAGGAAACCUUGAGGGAAACGGGGGUUGCCAAGUAGUUUUGAAGAAGAAUAUGAAUUUUUGGAAAUUAAGAGAGCAGCUCAGGCGUUGGUGAAAUCCUCUGGCGAUCUCUUUCUAAAGAAGUGGUGGACAAAGUUAUGACGAAUCUUCAUUUGGCAAGUUGUACAUAUUUCCGAUUUGCAUGCAGAAGAUCCUUCUCCUUCAUGAAUUUCACAAGGCUGUUUUUCACAUGCAUUUCAACAAUGCUGCACGCGAGACCUGUGUUAAGUCCUUUGGAGACCAACCUCUUAAUUUGACGCAUGAAAUCAGAUAUAAGGGACAGAAUUUUGGCCCUGUUAUCAACAGAACAGUCAUGCUUGAGUACUCAUUUUGGGUGUUGCGUACCUGAAGGUAGUUUGCCUCUUGCUAAAACUGGGGGAUAAUAAACUUUUGCUAUUAUUCAAACAGCAGCAAGGAAGUAACCUGAGUUUUUAUGUCUGUAACCUAAUUACAAAAGCAUGCAAGUUCAUACCGAGGCAAUGUUUCAUGUUCCCAUCGUAAUUAUGGUUGCUGAUACGGAGCCUGGCUUCAUGAGCUGCAAGUUUUAUGCGAUCUGUGAAGAUUUAGUUGUUCGCAGGCUCUGGAUGGGCGUUCUCGACCAUUUGAGAAAGGAGGACGACUCUAAGUUGAAUUGCUGGAAGGAUGUACGAGAUGUACACAGUGGUGACCAGUUCAACCCUGAAAGGGAUUUUAGUCACUGCAAGGUCCACCCUCUGUCUUCAGAAAAGGUUCAAGCUCUCGAUUCACAAGAAGGCAAAUGGGUAGAGAUGGACACACCUGCUUAUGUACGCUGUGCUAAUCUUGAACGUAAUGACCGGCUUUUGGUGCUGCGUGACAUGGUACACCACCACGUGUUCUAUCCUUCUCACCUGAAGAGUUGUGAAGGCGAAGUGAUUUGGGCGUUUGGUCUAGUGAUUGGGGACUGGCAGAUGAUAAUUGUAGAUGAGCUCACGUGCCUGUUUUGUGAGUGAAAGCUCACUGCAUAUUUUGUGUCAACUUUUCUCAGCAGUUGUAGUCACAGGUAACAUGGGGAUUAAGUAGUAUGAUAGAGAUUCCCUACAAGGUUUUCUUCUUCAAUACAAGACUCAUGAGCAAGUAGCUAGGUGACGAGUUUUCAGGAGUUGGGGCACACAUAUGGAAGAAAUGCCGCAUUGCUACGAGCCCACUGUGCUGCAAAAUUCAGUUGCCAUCUCUCUAUCUGCCGAGGAGUUAGAAGGUUCAGACUAUCCAUCCAGGCGAUUUCCAGUUUCGAUGCACCUUUUCUCUGUGUAAUCUGGAACUUCGAUAUCGACGACUGCCUUGCACAGCUCAAAUUGUUUGGAGUAUCGAAUUUUGCUUUAAGGGACGAUGAAGUUUCUUGGAUGAAGAAUUGUUCAGAUACACACCUCCGUUGCCUUGGACAGUUUGAGCAGCCGAACCUGACGUUGAAACCAACAGCUACGACGCAGAAGGCUUGCCUAAUCUACAUCCGCAUGAAAUCCAGAAGCCCUACCAACUUUGACGGCGAUACUGACAAUCCAGCACUCAAUAUAAGCGAACACUAUCCUAUGGUCGUGAUUCAUCCAUCACAAUGACCCAGUUCUCAUCCAUCCACUGUGCCAUCGAAGCGGAAAACCUAGGGCUGGUGAUACAGCGCCAUAGUUUCUGCUGUCUCAGCUGGGCACUUUUAUUAAUGUCAGAACCACGUUAAUUUUGUUCUGCGCGCAUUUGGUUGCUCUGCAGUAGCUGCUACAACGCUCAAGCCUUCUUCCGACCCCCAAAACGCGCUAUUUCGAACAAAUUUCGGGAGGUGCAAUUUGUUGUGAAAUUGUCGGAAUUGUUUCUUUUGAAAGCGAGGCUAUGGUGAGCACCAUGGUCUUCUACACACGUUUCGAUAAACCUUGAAUCGUAACAGCUAUGGCCAGGGUUAGGUUUUCCACUGCAUCGUAUGGGAGCAUAUACUUGGAUUCUUUAUCGAUUGCAUCCAGUAUUCUUGGAAAUCAUGAGUGGGGUGGUGGAUGAAAAUGUGAAGUAGUGGUACUGAGUGGAGCAGGGGGUGAACGCUUUGGCUCCAUGACAGAAAUUUGCGAUGCAUUUGGAAGAGUGGAUUUUGGAGGACGUGGAGAAUGAUGGAGUGAGCAAAUGGACCCUGAAGGAAGCUGAAGUAGCAUACGGAGGGCGUAUCCCAGUAAGAAAUCUCGUGGCGCAUGCAAGUCUAUGACUUGGGCGUGCUGGUGGCAGGUAUGGAUUGGCGUGUUGUGUAAUUUCUGCGCUCUUACCAAUCGAUGGAGGUGCAUGAUUCUGGGGAUAGAUCAGAUACAAUUGUGUCUGCACAGAUGGCCCCAGGUAUCUUCUUGUCUCCUGUCCCCUCGUCCGUAUUGGACGCAUAUCACGUUUCUCUCGCUAAGCUUUCGGGUCCCAAGAUAGGGGACAAGCAUGAAUCGUUUAUUUCCUCAUCCGAGGUUCUAGAUAAAAUCCCCGUCCUUGUAGAAUCGUCGGAGAAACUUGACGAAGGUUCAGUAGGAGGGAUGUUCCUAGCCGAUGAGCUUGUCGCCGGUGACGAAGUUACACAGGACUGCAUCGAUGCCACCAUGGGUAUGGGGAAGAGGUCAAUAGCGAUAGCAGCAGAUUUAACAGAGACCUCGCAAGAAAUCAUCAGAUUGGAUAACGGGGCGGUUUCGGAGGAAAUCGGAGAAGACGCCAAGGAUCUGGGUGCAGAGCCGGAGGAUUCUUUGGAUGACAAUCAACCAUUGUGCAUGAUGUUGAAGGGAAAUGUGAAAAAGCUUGUUCUCAGAGCGAUUGUUGGAAGGACGCCGACGGAAGAGCGAAGUCCUUCCCUUCUUGGUGUUCUCCAUUCUUCGAUGGAUCCAUUAGGGGCAGAGAAAAUGAAAUCUUCUUCUAGUCUGUCCAGAACAGACUGGGUUUACGAGGUCGAUAAAAAACUAAGACAAGGUGACAGAGCUGUAAAGGGCGGCCCACAGAAAAAUCGUUUGCACAGUGGGUUUCAGAGGAGCACUAAGAAAGGAAGGAUGGAGUCCUGUAGGGCUCCUCGGCAAUCGAAGAAGCGCAGGCACGAUGAUAUGGCUUACGAGGGCGAUAUGGAGUGGGAUGUGAUUAUUGGAGUAGCAGAGGUGCCGUUCGAUUGUAACUCACACCCUGGAAACGAUAAGCUGAGCAGAGGGCGUGGCAAGGGUGGCUCGGCGUUUGCUUCGCCCGGUCAUAUUUUUUCCGGGGAGGCCGCAGCUGUGGCAGCAGGUCUGCGAGCCCGGACUCUGAGUGGAGCAGAGAGAGUCUGCUUCAAGGAUGCUUUGAAACGACGCGGUGGCCUUCAGGAGUAUCUAGAGUGCAGGAACCUAGUGCUGGGGAUGUGGGAGAAAGACGUGCAACACUUGUUGAUGGUGACGGACUGCGGCAUCUCGGAGGAGCCAUUAGUGGGAGAGCCAGCUCGAGCUGGUCUCAUUCGUGAGAUACACAGAUUUCUGGACUACCAUGGUUACAUUAACUUCGGUGUAGCCAAUAAGCGGCAGAAGUAUGGAGGUGUUCAUGCCAACCAAGGUAAUGGCAACUUAAGAGGAAGUGAGAGUGCUGAAUCAGUAUUUGAGGGGGCAGAAUUGGACUUAGCUGAAGAAGUGGCGUUGAUUCUUGAUCAAAUUCGAGGGAACGCAAGCACAGGGACGAUGAAGGAGGAAAUUCAUUGUGAUGUUCCGAAUGGACGAGUGGAUUCUUGUCAGGAUGGAUACGAAUCUACGACCAGGAUUACAGAAAACAGAAACAGUUCGGUCCAGCCGCUGAAUAGAGGGGCUGCAGAUGGGGAAUGCAUACCCAUGGACAUCGAGGUGGGUCUGAAUGCGGAUGCAGUAGAGUCUACUUCGGUAUUAGAGCAAGUCGACAAGGACGAAAUCAAGCCGCUGAGUUCAUUCACCCAGAUUACGUUGUGCAAAGCGGAGCCCCAAGAGAAGUGCGAGGACCUGAACGGAGAGGUGGACAAUGAGAUAGACGACAUGGCCACUUUGGACCAAGUGUUCGUUCGUAGACGGCAUGGGACGAAUACGAGGAAGUUCGAAGACGCGGGAUCAGAAUCCGUGGAAGCAGAAGGGUGCGACUUGGUUGCAUCAAAAGAUGAGCUGGACGAAUUCAAGAGCGCGCAGGUGUUGCGCGAGCUACACAAGUGCGAUGUACUUGUGGAAGGGCUGGUGGCAAUGAGGGCAGCGGCUCAGGUGGAGAGAGAGAGGGGCUUGAAAUUUAAGCAGGAGGGUACGAAACGAGUGAUCGUGGUGGGUGCGGGACCUGCGGGACUGUCAGCGGCUCGACAUUUGCAACGGAUGAAAUACCAAGUGACGAUUGUGGAGGCUCGGGAGCGCGUGGGCGGGCGUGUGUACACGGACAAGAAAACGUUUUCUGCGCCCGUGGAUUUGGGGGCGAGCAUCAUUACAGGUGUAGAGGCAGAUGUGGCGACUGAACGAAGGGCCGAUCCUUCUGCUCUUUUGUGCAAGCAGCUGGAUUUGGAGCUGACGACGUUGCGUGGGGACUGCCCGUUGUAUGAUUCCGUGAGUGGAGAAAAGGUCCCUGCGGACUUGGACGCCGCGUUGGAGGCGGAGUACAAUAGUUUACUGGACGACACGGUGCUGAUGGUUGCACAGAAUGGGGGUGACGCGAUGCGGCUGUGCCUGGCAGAGGGCCUGGAACAAUGUCUGAAAAAAAGACGACGUGGACGCAAUGGUGACGUACGUGACGACAUGUCGAUGGCGGGGGAAGGGUCUGAGCAGAGCAGAAUGGAAACCCAAAGUUUGUCACUGGUAAAGCCAUCGGCGGAAGAGUUGGAAAGGGUGGUAACGGUGACGACGAGCGAUGUGAUUGGUGAGACGCUGACGGUGAGCGAUGCGUCGGAGAACCUAGCAAUCUCAGAGUCUGCUAAUGAGGAGAAGGUAGGUACGAGGUUGGAGUUGAUGAACGGAGGGACUAUGGGCGCGGAGCAGGUGAGGACCUUGAAAGGGGAUUUGAAUCAGUUGGAGCGGCGAAUCAUGGACUGGCAUUUCGCGAAUCUGGAGUAUGGAUGUGCCGCGGAGCUGCAAGUGGUGUCGUUGCCUUACUGGAACCAAGAUGACGUGUAUGGGGGAUUCGGGGGGCCUCACUGCAUGAUCAAAGGAGGGUACAGUCAGGCUGUGGAGGCAUUGAGCGAAGGUUUGGACAUCCGGUUUGGAAGGGUGGUCUCAGAGAUCAGUCACAGCUGCAGCGAAGUGAAGUCGCGAGGCGAGGUGAAGCGGGAAGUGAGGGUGAUGACGGAAGAUGGAGAGGAGUUUUUGGGCGACGCGGUGCUUGUUACGGUACCGCUGGGGUGUUUGAAAGCUGGGACGAUCCGUUUCAGCCCUGAGCUUCCGGAGUGGAAGACGGCGUCGAUAAAGCGGCUGGGAUUCGGGGUGCUGAACAAGGUGGUGUUGGAGUUCCCGUUGGCUUUUUGGGACGAGAAUGUGGAUUAUUUUGGGGCGACGGCGGGGUGCAGCUUGGCACGCGGGAGGUGCUUCAUGUUCUGGAACCUGAAGAGGACGAGUGGGUAUCCGAUCCUGGUGGCACUGGUGGUGGGCAUAGCGGCAAAGGAGGGGGAGGAAGAGGAGAGUGGGGAACUGGUGGAUCACGCUGUUAAGAUUUUGAGGAGGUUAUUCGGAGAGGAGGCGGUACCGGAGCCAGUGGCCUCCACAGUGACGAAGUGGGGAAAAGAUCCUUACAGUCGGGGAGCUUAUUCGUAUGUAGCAGUGGGGGCGUCAGGCGAGGAUUACGACAUUCUGGCGCGGCCGGUGGACAACUGCGUGUACUUCGCAGGGGAAGCAACGUGCAAGGAGCACCCGGACACGGUGGGGGGUGCGAUGAUGAGUGGCUUGAGGGAGGCGAUAAGGGUCAUGGAUAUUAUGGAGAACCGUGGGGAUACCAUGGCAGAGGCGGAAGCACUGGCGGCUGCGCAGCGUCAAUCAGAAAGCGAGAGGAAUGAGGUGAGAGACAUGAUGAAACGAUUGGCAGCGGCGGAGCUGUCGAACGUAUUGAGGGCAGAGACAGGUGCGAUGAACGGAGAAGGGGGACCUCUGAGCCGUGCAGACCUUUUGAAUGACAUGUUCGGUAACGCGAAGACGACAGCAGGACGGCUUUUUCUUAUCAAAGAGAUGUUGCAACUGCCAGUUUUUCCUCUGAAGGCUUUCGCUGGGACGAAAUCUGGGCUGGAGAUUUUGAAUACGUGGAUCAUGGACUCGAUGGGCAAGGAUGGGAUCCAGCUUCUUCGGCAUUGCGUUCGACUGCUUCUUGUGGUGGCUACCGAUUUAUCUUCUAUUCGUCAGUCGGGUGUCGGAAAAACCGUGAAGGAGAAGUUGUGGAUGCAUACUAGUCGUGAUAUUCGAACCGUUGCUGGUCAACUUGUGAAACUUUGGAUGGAAGUUUUCAGACGAGAGAAAGCACUAGGGAUGAUAAAAUCAAUCAGGAAGUCUGCUGGAAGCUCACCGAGUGCAUGUACCGCACGUCCGACGACGAAAGUACUAGAUACUCAGAAGUGUGCGCUGGGUAGCACUAAGUUGAUUCCUGCACCUUGCAGCGCUUCGAAGUGUAGGCCUCCCAACCAAUCUGCUUCACCUAGUGGUGAUUCCUCUUCAGGUGGACAGAGCAAGGUAUCGAAUGGUGAGGAGGUGAAGAGCGAUCAGCCCGGGCUUCAAGGUAUUCCAAGCUCAGAAAUAUGGAGAGAUUCCGAAGAGGGAAAUGCUGAGAGACGAUUGUCCAAGUUGGAGAUCAAUGCCAUUGAAAUUGCAGAGCAGGCACGGGCUGCAGCAGCUGCAGCUGCAGAGGCGUACGCACAAGUGGAGGCUCAACGAAAUACUCUUCCACAACUGCCGAAGAUCCCAUCAUUUUACAAAUUUUCCAAGCGUGACAAGGAGGAUAAUUUGGAUUGGAGGACAAGAAGCUGGCUAGGAAUAGCCGACAAUCCUCCAAUAUCUACAGCCUUCAACGCUCUGCUAGCUGUCGAGCAGAGAGUGGUACUAGAAAACGGCUGUAUAUCGACUGUUCAGGCAAAUGGCUGUGAUGUCAUUGGUAGCACUGAUCAGAAUACACCCAUUGAGCAAGGGCAAGGGCUGGUUCCUAGUCUACCAGUCACAUGUGUUGCAGCGAGCGACAUAAAUGGGCACCCUGAAGCCCACGGUGAUGGCUUUGGAACAAAUGCAGACGUCAGAAUGUCCUCGGUGGAUGUUGUGAUCACUACCAAUUGUAUAAGAAACGACUUAUCAAGUGCAGUAGAGGAAGCUGUUUGUGGAACGGAGGGUUUAGCAGGAGGGGUGGAGUACGUCAGCAAACCGUCACCUGGUGUGGCUUGUUCACAGCUAAGCAAUGAACUUAUAGACAACCGGAGAGGCGCAGAUGUAAUUAAGAAGGCGGUCUCCGAUUACGUGGUUCAGCUAUUGACUCCCCUGUAUAAGACGAAAAAGUUACAGAAAGAUGAUUUCAAAGCUAUAGUGAAAAAGUCGACUGCCAAGGUUAUGGACCGGAGCACUUCAAGAGACAACAACAUGGACGUCUCUGAGUUUCUGAACUUGAAACGGAAAGUUAAGAUACGGUCUUUGGUGGACAUGUACAUAGAGAGACACCUCAAAGGUGGCUCACGUUGAUGUAUUCGGAGCUCCCGUGAUGGGUUGCACUCUUACGACGCGUUGCAGACAUAGGAGGAAGGAGAUUGUGUUCAAAAAAUGUUUCAUGUAUUUCUUAAAAUGUUUUUGUAUGAUCUUGUCAAUCUUCAUCAUAGAGUUUGUGAUAUUCGUUUUCGCUGUGCCAUUAUUUAAAAUUUUCACGAGUUGUCACUGUGAAGCAUACCUGCGUACACAAGUUUGUAUCUUAGAUCCAUUAUUGUGAGGUCAGUAAAGUGUUCUCACCAGCAUUUUCUUGUACAGCUAAUAAAGUAAAUGUUGCACCGGUAUUGUGUUGCAAGAUUAUUGCUCUA